AUGACUGAGGCCGAAGUGAACCCCAAAGCUUACCCGUGGGCAGAUGCCCAGCUCACUAAAAAGCUGCCGGACCUGGUACAGCAGUCCUGUAACUACAAGCAACUGCGGAAGGGCGCCAAUGAAGCCACCGAAACCCUCAACAGAGGCAUCUCGGAGUUCAUCGUGAUGGCCGAGCCCUUGGAGAUCAUCCUCCACCUCCUGUGGCUGUAUGAAGACAAGAACGUCCCCUACGUGUUCGUGCGCUCCAAGCAGGCACUGGGGCGGGCUUGUGGCGUCUCCCGGCCGGUCAUCGCGUGCUCCGUCACCAUCAAAGAAGGCUCCCAGCUGAAGCCUCAGAUUCAGUUUGUCCAGCAGUCAAUCGAGAGACAAUCUAGGCCCGCACCUGCAGCUCAGGUGUCUCUGUAG